AUGCGUGCAAUGGAAACAUUUCCAAAAGAAGAAGGAAUGAUGGAUGAAAGUCUACAAACCUUUCUAAAUUCGAUUAUUGAAGGUCAUGAUGAUUUUGACGCACCAACGCUACAAAAUUCAAUCAACUUUGGAAGAACAUACUUUGAACUUGGUAAUAAAUUGCCUCAAACAGUUAUUAAUAAAAUUCUUAGAUGUGCAUUCAGAUUUCCGACUUUAGUCCCUCAGUUAGUAUUAUACUCGAGAUAUUACAAAUCAAAUAACUGGAUUUUUAAUGCUCUUAUCAAAUCUUUAUCAUCAGAUUUUUCUUUAGUACAAGACUCACUUGCAAAGUCUGAACCUAUAUGGAGUUUCUUAAUACCGAAGUUUGAAGAAGAUUUUAAGUCAAAAAUAUCAAAUCUUGAUAAAGAUUUCUACGAUUACCCAACAGCUUUCCUUUUUGAGAGUGUUAUUUUCGGUUGGGACUAUAUUAAAGCGGCUCAUGUAUCUUUCGAAGAUUUGGUCGUUGAAUUUGUGAAUUUUUGCAAUUUAAAUCCAAAUUCAAAUGCUUGUCGAUCAAUGCUCAACCUAAUAUGUUCUAUUAUGCCAAAAUUAGUCAUUGGUAAGGCGUCUAAUGUCGCAGAUUGGAUUUCUGUUCCAAAUCUGAGAUUAAUACUACAACAAGGACUUUAUCAGAAAGGAGAAUUACCAGGCAACCAAGUUUCAUUAGCUGUUAAGAUGAUUCCGAUUGAUAUCGAUUUAGCAAAGGAAAUCAUUGAACAAUGCGACAAAGAUAGCAAAGAAGCGUUUAAUGCACUACUCACACAUUAUAAUCCUGACCAAGGAACGUUUGGCCCUAAUUAUGAUGAAAAUUAA